CUUUUGUUUCUGCUUUCCCCUCUUUUUAGCUCCUUCUCUCAUACUGUUAGCUGCUACUUUACCAUACCCAUUUCCCUGAAACUUCCUCUUUGUAUCUCUCUCUCGUUGUUGGGGAGGAUUUGAUAGAUAGGUGUAUAUACAGUGAGAGUGUGUAUUGGGAGAAUGAGGGGUCCUUUGGGGGCAGUGGUGGGUAGAUACCCAUCAAGUGAUGGGAGUACCCAUCUUGGUGGAAUAAUUAGGCACAACAGGAAAUGCAGAGAUGUUUCGUUUCUUGUCAUCUUUGUAGCAUUUUUGGUUGCUAUGAUUGUUAACUCCAGUUUUGGGUUCAAUCAAGGGAACCCUUUAAGGCUUACUUAUGGGUUGGACUACAAGGGAAAUUUGUGUGGAGACAAGCAUGCACAUCCUAACCUUCGUGAAUUGGAACUCAGAUAUUGGUUAAACCCUAAUCAGGUCUAUCAAAGUGGGUUGAAAGAUAGUCAAUACAGGUUGACCAAUGCUCGGAGUAUUUGCUUGUUGGAUUGUCCCAUCCCAUCAGAAGAUGGACUUAAUUGGGUCUGUGAUUAUCCAGAAGGAGAUAUCCGUCUCUCAGUAGAUGACUGGAUUGACCGGAACUAUGAUUAUUUCGAGUUCCUUACCCCAGAAAUGAGAAACAGUUCUCUUCAACUUCAGGGUCCAUGCUACCCUGUGAUAUUUCCAAGCGUAAAUGUUUAUUGGAGCUGUCAAUUUAUUGCUCGUGCAUCAAACAUGUCUUUGCGGCACUGGCAGCAGAUGGGUGGAGUGAAAAUCAAUGAGGACAUCGUUAUUGACAAAGCCAUUCAUAGGUCCAUCAAUUCUCGGUCAUCUGUCUUAAAGAGAUACAUGGCUGAUAUUGGAAAGGCAUGGCCAGUAUUGAUCGUUUGUGGAGGUCUCUUGCCGCUAUUUUUAUCAGUGAUUUGGCUGCUUCUGAUUCGGCAUUUUGUUGCUGCUAUGCCGUGGAUAACAGUUGCCCUCUUUAAUGCCCUCAUAAUAUCAGUCACAUUGUUUUACUACUUAAAAGCUGGAUGGAUUGGAAAUGAUGCCGUCUCCCCUAUCAUUGGCAAGCAUGAUCCUUAUUACAAUGUACAUGGACGGGUGGCUUCUGCUAUAGCGACAGAUUUGAUCAUCAACAACAUCCUUCGGAUUGGGAGGGUAAAUGUGAUCGGAGAUGUUAUUCUGUUUCUCGGAAAAUUGUGUGUCAGCCUCUCGAGUGCCGUUUUUGCUUUCCUCAUGUUGGAUACUCACAAAUACAGAUCUGCUCAUAACAAGAUCUCCUCCCCACUGUUUCCGGUGUUGGUUUGCUGGGUUCUUGGUUAUGUUGUUGCCACUCUCUUCUUUGGGGUGGUGGAGAUGUCAAUCGAUACAAUCAUCCUAUCAUUCUGCCAGGACUCUGAAGAGCACCAAGGCACAGCUCAAUAUGCUCCCCCGCUCCUCAUCGAGACCCUCAAUGACCAGAAUGAGAUGCAGAGACUUACUCAAUAAUCAUAUAGAACACCUCAAUGUAUAAUGCACCUUUAUGAGUUCUGCCUAAUGAAAUUUCAGAAUUUGAUUUUAACUAUCUUUUUGUGCUAUUAUAUGUGAGAGACUGAAACCUAAUUCAGA